AUGGAGUUCAAUGUCCCUUCGUCAUCCUCGUCCGACGACGAUACAACUUCAUCUAGUUCUUUUGAAUUUGAAGAAGCCAUCAACGAGGCGGUAAUGACAACGAUCAAUUUAAUGGUUCAAGUUGCUAGCGAUGACAAUGAAACGGAUGACCAACCGAUUAGAAAAAGAACUCAGAUUAUGCGGGAUCGUGCCGCAGGACAACAACGGCUGAUGCAAGACUAUUUCGGGGAGGAGCCGGUAUAUGACGCGAAGAUAUUUAGACGUCGGUUUCGCAUGAAUAAACGUCUAUUUACCCGUAUUACAAACUACAUGGAGGAAGAUUAUGAUUAUUUCAAACAAAAGUACGACGCUCGUGGGUAUCUUGGCUUUACUCCAUUACAAAGUGUAUUGCGGCCAUCCGACAACUUGCAUAUGGCACAAGCGUUGAUUCAUUUGACGAGUGUGAUUGAGUUGUAUGGGCCGGCUUAUUUACGACGUCCGACUUGGAGUGAUCUCCAAAGGAUGUACGACGUGCAUGAGCAAGUUCACGGUUUCCCCGGUAUGAUCGGUAGCAUCGACUGCAUGCACUGGAAGUGGGAACAAUGCCCUACCGCUUGGCGUGGUACACAUACUAGAGGCGACAUUCGCAAACCGUCGUUAAUAUUGCAGGCGGUUGCAUCUUAUGAUCUUUGGAUAUGGAAUGCAUAUUUUGGUCAACAAGGUUCUCACAAUGACAUCAACGUGUUUGAGUCUUCACCGGUUCUCGAAGAGAUUAUAAACGGGUUGGCACCAAGUUCAGCAUUUUAUGCGAGCGAUAAUUACUACAAACGCGGAUAUUAUUUAAGUGAUGGGUUGUCCUACGGACUACCCGUCAAUGGUAUCUAUCCGGAGUACGCAACGUUCGUAAAGACGUUCGCCGAUCCUAUUGAUCUUAAAAGAAAAUAUUUCAAGAGAAAACAAGAAUCAGCAAGAAAAGAUAUCGAGCGAACGGUUGGAGUUCUUCGAAAGCGAUGGCACGUCAUCAAUUAUCCAGCAAGAUACUGGACAAAGGAAAAAAUGCAUGACGUCAUUUACACAUGCAUUAUUUUGCAUAACAUGAUAUUGGAAGACGAAGACAAAGCCAUUUGCCAAGAUUACAAUGAGAAUGACCCUUCAUUGUUCCCGGAGUAUUGGUCACAAGAAGUAUCAUCGAAGACACGAAUCGAGAACAUAAUGGAUAUAAAGAAUAGAGAAACACACAACAUGCUUAUGUCUGACUUGAUCGAUCACCUAUGGGACAACAAACAACCAGGAUACGAGGCGGAACUCGUUAACGAGGAUGAAGGAGAUAACGAGGAUGAAGAUAAUAACAAUGUAGUCGACCUCGACCUAAACGAGUACGUUAGUGACGAUGAGUAG